CACAUUCUAACACACUGAUACAGCUGGAAUAUAGCACCGCCCUGCCAUGUGACCUGUGACGUCUUCUGACUCCCCGCCCCUUUGCUAAAAAGCUCCUUUCUAGCAUCUGAACCACGUCACAUGCGGACAUGCAACCCGGCUUUCACGGAGACAGCACAGCUAAGACACUUGGGAUCUGAAAAAUGAAUUUGGACAAACUACGUCAGUGUGUGUCUAAGGCCGGGCAAAGCCAUGUGUUGCAAUCUUGGGACGAGCUGUCAGAAAUUCAGCGUUCUCACUUGUUGGAGGAGUUAAAGGGCUUGGACUGUUUGCAAUUAAAUGGAUUCUUCAGGAGAGCGAUGGAUGCAUUUUCUGCUUCUUCUACACAAGAAAAAGUAGAUGCCAGGAUGGAGGCUGUACCCCAAGAGGUGCUUGGUAGUGUUACAAGAGAUCAACAGCAUCUUCAGCAAUGGGAAGCUCAAGGUUUUAAUCAGAUCGCUGAUGGUAAAGUGGCUGUUCUGCUGCUAGCUGGCGGGCAGGGAACACGCCUAGGGGUGUCAUACCCAAAGGGUAUGUAUGAUGUCGGUCUGCCCUCUCACAAAAGUCUCUUCCAAAUACAAGCUGAGCGAAUCUUAAAGCUGCAGAGACUGGCAAAGGAACGACAUGGGAAGGACUGUAUUAUUCCUUGGUAUAUCAUGACAAGUGGCCGUACCAUGGAAUCUACUCGUGAUUUCUUUCAGAAAUAUUGUUACUUUGGCUUAGAAGAACAAAACAUUAUCCUUUUCCAGCAGGGGAUGCUGCCAGCGAUGAGUUUUGAGGGGAAGAUCCUUAUGGAGGAGAAAGGAAAACUCUCAAUGGCUCCAGAUGGUAACGGAGGUCUGUACAGAGCCUUGGGUACACACGGAGUGCUGCAGGACAUGGAAAAGAGAGGUAUCGAGUACAUCCAUGUGUAUUGUGUAGAUAACAUCUUAGUGAAGGUGGCUGAUCCAGUAUUUAUUGGAUUCUGUGUGAACAAGGAGGCAGACUGUGGAGCCAAGGUAGUAGAGAAGAUGAAUCCCACUGAGCCUGUAGGUGUAGUUUGUCGCGUAGAUGGUGUGUACCAGGUUGUGGAAUACAGUGAGAUCACACUGGCUACAGCACAGAAAAGGAGUACAGAUGGAAGACUUAUGUAUAAUGCUGGGAACAUCGCCAACCACUUCUUCACAAGACGGUUCCUGCAGCAAGUGGUGGAGGUCCAUGAGCCUCAACUUCAGCACCAUGUUGCGGUGAAGAAAAUACCUUAUGUGGACACACAGGGUUUGCUUAUUCACCCAGAUAAACCCAACGGAAUAAAGAUGGAGAAGUUUGUCUUUGAUAUCUUCCAGUUUGCCAAGAAGUUUGUGGUAUUUGAAGUUUUACGUGAGGAAGAGUUCUCCCCUUUGAAAAAUGCAGAUAGCCAAAAUGGGAAGGACAACCCAAGUACUGCUCGCUAUGCACUCAUGUCACUACAUCACUGUUGGGUCCUCAAUGCUGGUGGCCACUUUGUGGAUGAGAAUGGUACCCAUAUCCCUGCAAUUCCUCUCCAAUCCAGACAAGAGAAUGGAAGUGCGCAGGACAAGACUGAGACUACCAUGAAGGAUGCUGGUGAUGUGCCCAUUCAGUGUGAGAUUUCUCCGCUUGUCUCCUAUGCAGGAGAGGGCCUGGAGACUUAUGUGAAGAACAAGGAGUUCCAUGCACCUCUUACAAUAGAUGAAGAUGGCAUUCACCAGCUGGUGAAGAAUGGCCUCUAAGAGCUUCAGAAAUCCUCUACAUCUACAUAUUUAGACAUAUUUAUGGUGGGGCACUUUGGGGGGAAAUUGAUAGGUACUUGAAAAAUGAUACUUAUGGAUCUUUCUGCUCAGUUUGCCAUCGCUGGACAUUUUAGUCAACAUUUUAAAUGCCAAAUCUUGAGUGGAAAUGUACGUAUUUAUAGCGGACUUAGUAUGAAGGGAAAUGAACUAUUUUUUUAAACUUGUACAUAGCACACUCUUGUACAUUUAUUUUAAUGGUACUGUGAUCUUUUUAUUUUUCUCAUAUGUUUGUGUAUCUAAUUUUGUGAACAGAAACUUUUCUUUCAAGAAAGGAAAUAAAAUUUUU